GAUCACCACCUUGGGGAACUAUAAAACUACUGCUGCCUUUGGUUUUCUGAGCUGGUCAUCCUCCCUGAGCCAGCUGCAUCCAGACUGCUUCAAGGGUGUGUGAUCAGCGUGGCACCAUGCAGAAAUCAUAAAUGAAUGUGCUUGACUUCAGAAGCAGUGGUGAUGGUAGCACCAUGGAGGAAUUUAAAGGUCUGACAGAUAAAGAACUGAUUGCCCGUUUGAAGAAAUACAGUAUCCCACAUGGGCCUGUUGUUGGAUCAACCCGGAAACUUUAUGAAAAGAAAGUCUAUGAAUAUGAGACUGAGCGGACACAUCGCCCUUCCCCUGGAGGAUCAUUGUCCUACACAGAGCCACCCAGCAGCGAAAGCUAUGUACGAGAGACUUUUGUAAGUCCACAGAGCAGAGAGAACCUCAGCUAUGGGCGAGAAGCUCUCGGCUCCACAAGGACUUAUUUAAGGGAAAACUAUGACUCUCCAAGAACUGAGACUUACUAUUCUGAGUAUAGAAGUGAAGAUCCUAGUCCCAGCAACCCCUACCUGAGUCAAAAUUACAGUUUGCCUCGCCAUGAAGGACACUCCACAUACAUGACAAAAGACUGGGAUGCCAAUUCUCCUGAGGAUUCCACAUCCACAUCCUCCUACCGGAGUUAUGGAUCAUCAUUAAGCAGCAGUACACACCCAGAGGCACUGAGUGCCCGGCAACCAAUUGCAGAGCCAUAUCCCUACAGUUAUGGCCAGAAGGAUGUCGCAUCCGAGAGGGACAGAAGUUCCUACCAAAGCAUCUUCCAGCGGAAAUCGUCUGGCUUGUCCUCUCUGGGGGUGGAGCCACGCCGUGCUAUCCAUCCUGCGCGCCGGGCCCAAGCAGCAGAAGGAGCCAGAGGUAGCGAUGAGGGAACCAAGCGUUACCUGCCCCUGUGGCCCCAACUGUUCCUCUUUGGGUUGCUGGCUGGCUUCUUGGCUUUCAUCUACCUUGUCCUUCAGGGCAGCGCUGACGACAACCCCUUUGUGAAGUAUCUUCGAGAAUGAAGCCACAGCCUUGGGAACAUCAUACUUCUAGGCUGGCUCCUUAAGAAGAGCCUGGAAUGUCUAUAUAUAUAUAUAGGGCCUUCACUAAGUGCCUUCUUGUUUGUAAUCCAAAAGCAGAGUGGCGAAGAGGGGCUAGGGAUGGAUGCAUUUCUUAUCAACCUCCCUGAAUCAUGGCAGCUCCCCACCCCUCUCCAAACUUCAAUCAAUCCAUCCCUUUAAAUCAGCUUAACAUGGGGCAUUUUUAUCUGCUAUUUUUGUAGCUUGUGCUUUAUAAUCAGGGGCAUGGGUGCCUAUUUCACAUGAGGGGGAAAGAUAAAGGAGGGAGGAGACAAAUAUAACCUAUCAAUAAUCCUCCCUUUUUUAAAAAAAGUACAAAUAUAUGAAAUCUAAUAAACCCCACAAAAGUUUUUUUAA